AGUUAUUCGUCUUUACUCCCGAUUGCAACACAAAUGCAACAAAUAUUCAUCAUAGCUUAUCCUCCGGUAUGAAUACAGCUAUCAUGUUAGACUUUAUACCUCGUGUGGAGAUGUUGUGAUAGCUGGAAAUGGCUCGUUGUGGUUGUAAAUCUGUUAACGUCGUCAUGAACCGCCAAAUUUGAAACGCUAGCUAAGCUGAUACCCAGCUGUCUCUAACACACACCACAAAAAACCACAACAUCCCAAUCUUACUCAAAGGUGAAGUUUGACCUCAAGCCAGCUCGCUUUCAAAAUGAUGCGAAGACCCAGAGCAACCACUGCCAAAUGUGCAAAGUACACUGACAAUGAUUCAGACUUGUCAGCUAUUCACAUUGUGAGUAGUGAUGAGGACGAGUGGAGGCCACCAGAGGCGAAAUCAAAAGUUACCAGCAAAACUGCCAAAACCACUGCAACUGGAGAGAAGAAAGCACCUGUCAAGAGAAAUGUUAAACCAAAAGAACCAAAAGUCCCUAAGGUGCCUAAACCAAAAGUCCCUAAGGUGCCUAAACCAAAAGUCCCUAAGGUGCCUAAACCAAAAGCACCACGAAAACCAGCAGCAGAGAAAAAAGCUAAGGUUCCUAAAGGUCCAAAAGAUUCAACUGUAUCUCGCUUGGCUGGAGCAAAAAGGGAAAGUAUGUGUGAUAAAUAUGGAGAUGACAAAUUAAAUAUACAGACUGACUCUCCAAAUGAUGGGAGGGCUGAUGAGACUGGAACAAGUAAAAGAGUUAAAGAAGAGAGGGUAUCAUUUAUUGUGCCAGACGCCCAUCAGAUAGACACAUGGGCAGGUGAAGGCUCAUCACAAGCUGAAUAUAGAGUAAAGAAGGAGGAAGGGCCUGACGAAGAUUUUACUUUUGAUGAGCCUUGUCUGAAGAAACUGAAGACCAGCGGUUCCUGUCAGGGACAACCUACUGCUUUACCACCAUCGCUAGCACACUCGCUGAGGAAUGAUCUCAAUAUGAACUGGGACUUAAUUCAGGUGCUCUCUACUCAGACAUGUGUGGAGCAAUGGGUUUGCGCAAAUAUUAUUUCUCUGCUUCGUGAGGAGAACACGGUGCCGUUCAUGGUGCGUUACCGCAAAGAGAAGAUCAACCACAUGGAUGCAGAUGCUGUCCGAGAUGUCCAGAUGGUGUAUGAGGACUUAUGUGGUCUGGCAAAGAAAACUCAGUCUUCAAUUCAGACUUUAAAGAAGGAUGGAGUUUUGACAGCUGAGUUGGAGCAAAGCCUGAGGAGCUGCCGAUCAUUUGAUGAACUGGACCAUGUGUAUUCUCCCUAUAAGAAAGGCAACAAAAUGACAAAAGCUCGCAGGGCGAAGGCACUUGGUCUUGAAGAGGCUGCCUCUGCAUUGAUAGAGAAACCGAACACUCUGGAUUUAAGGGCAUGGGUAAAGUCUGGCACCGAAGGACUUUCAUCCGUGGAAGAAGUGGCCACAGGUGUGGAGCACAUUCUGGCAGAUAUAAUUGCUAAAGACCCUGAGACACUCACAUAUGUGAAGACAUUAUGUGAGAACAGCUUUGUGGCCCUUCAUUCCUCUGUGUCUAAGUCAGCAGUAAAAGAAAAGGAACAAAAGAAAUCUGCCCAAGACCACAAAAAACCAGGGCCCGAGCAUGGUAAAAACAAGGACAUCGACAAGUUUCAUCUCUACUUUGAGUUCACCUGCAACAUCCAGCGCAUUCAGCCUCAUCAGGUACUGGCCAUUAACCGAGGGGAGAGUCUGAAGAUUUUGACAGUGAAGGUGAACAUUCCCGACAGAGUGAAGAGUGAAUUCAUUAGAUGGUGCAUCAACUGCAGGUGGAGGCCAAAAACAUUUGCAAAUCAAGAACUUCAAAGUAUAAUUAAGAAUGCAGUAGAGGACACUUAUAAAAGGCUUAUCCUGCCUUUCCUAACCAGGAAUUACAGGACUAAGCUGACAAGUGGAGCAGAGAAGGAGUCGAUCGCCAUGUUCGUGCGGAACCUCCGCCAGCGCCUGUUGUUGGGUCCAGUCAGGGGCUGUGUCAUUAUGGGGGUGGAUCCUGGAUUCAGGCACGGAUGUAAGGUGGCAAUCCUCUCCCCCACGAGCCAAAUUCUCCACACAGAUGUUGUAUACCUGCAUAAUUCAGGACAGCAAAGAGAAGCAGAGAAAUUGCGCCACCUUAUGAUCAGAUACAGCUGUACCAAUGUUGUCAUUGGAAAUGGGACCGCUUGUCGUGAAACUGAGACCUUCUUUGCUGACCUAAUAUCCAGACGUUAUUUUCACCCCCUGGAUGUAUCCUACUGUAUAACCAAUGAGGCAGGGGCAUCCAUUUACAGCGUAAGCCCUGAGGCGGUCAAGGAGAUGCCAGACUUGGACCCUAACCUUAGGAGUGCAGUGUCCAUUGGAAGACGUGUUCAAGAUCCACUGUGCGAACUUGUGAAGAUCGAUCCCAAACACAUAGGCAUUGGAACAUAUCAGCAUGAUGUGUCAGCUGGAGCACUGAAGGCAGCGCUGGAUGGAGUGGUGCAGGAGUGUGUGAGCUUUGUGGGUGUGGACAUCAACAUCUGCUCUGAGAUGCUGAUGAGGCACGUAGCAGGCCUAAACGCAGGCAGGGCCAAGAGUAUUGCUGAGUGGAGAGAACAGAACGGUCCCUUCAGCAACAGGGAGCAACUCAAGCUGGUCAAAGGCAUGGGGCCCAAGUCCUACCAGCAGUGUGCUGGCUUCAUCAGAAUCAACCCUCAAACCCUUCACAGUGUCAAAUCCUCACUUCAGCCUGCACCAUCAGAGCCAGGGAAAGUAGUGGCGAAGAAGGGCAAAGGAAAGGCCGGUGUCAACGUACCGACUUCAUUAGACCCCUUGGACCAGACCUGCAUACACCCAGAGUCCUACCAUGUGGCACAAAGAUUUUUGUCCUACAUUGGUGGGAGAGUGGACCAGAUUGGGAGUCCAAGUCUGAAACACUGUGUUGAGAGCAAGAUUAAUUCAAGCUCUAUUGAGGAACUGGCCCAGGCUGUGGAAACGACACCAGAAACCCUCAAACUCAUCAUAGACGGCCUCACGCAGCCUCCGGGGUUUGACAUUCGACAAAAUUUUGGGCAGGAGGACUUUAAGCGGGGAAUUGUGUCGAUGAAUGAUCUCCGGGUGGGUGCGGUGCUGACAGGCCGCGUGGACAACACAGCCUUGUUCGGAGCUUUUGUAGAUAUUGGCGUUGGCCGCUCGGGCCUGAUCCAUAAGAGCAACAUCACCCUAAACAAGCUGCCGGCCAGCCAGCGUCGUCGCAGCCUGGUCCUCGGACCCGGGGAACGGGUGGAGGUUCGGGUCCUCAAUGUCGACGUUCAGAGGGGACGGAUUGGGCUGGACCUGAUCAGAGUCCUGCAAUAGAGCCACUGGAAUUACUGUUCUGUAAUUGGACUGUAGUUGCCCCAGGAUAUUACACACAAAACAAUUCGACCUAAUUGCUUCCUGAUGUUUACAGUGGUUUGGGAUGGGAACUGAUAUGUUUCUUUCGAGAAGAGUAAACACAUUAAUUUUAGCGGAAAUCCUGUAAGGUAUAUUUAUAGGAAUGAUGCCUCAUUUCACAAUUAUAAUUACACACAGUAAAUACAGUAAAUACAGUGAGGAUUAUUUGAUAUGUGGUGCAGUUUUUAAACUGGUUAUGAAAAACUGCCCUAUCUAAUUGACAUGUUUAAAAAAAUUCAAACAAUAUUAUAGUACUUUACUUGGAAAUAAAAACCUUCUACCUAAUUUGAACAUAAAGCUUGACAUUUUACCUUGUAGAUGGAACCAUUUAUUUCUUACACUUUGGGUAUAAUGCAAAUAGCUUCAUAGUUAAGCUGCUUUUGUUUAUUAUUAUGACAACAACUGACUAUUUAUUCUGUGCCUUGUUUUCUUUUGUGCUUCUCUGAACAGUUUGUCAAGACACAUAUUUGUAUUCUCUGUUUUCUUUGUUCCUUAAUUACUCACUGUAUUGUUUUAUACUGGUUUGAAAUGCCAUUUCAUCUG